UACGGUUUCGGACUUUCGGUUUCAUUGUGUAUUUAUUCAUCCCUUUCAUAAAUACAUGGGUAACCAUCACGGCCGUUACUCCGACCACCGACACCACCACAACCCCGCCGCGUUCCCGGGCCCCGCACCUCUACCACCACACACCUAUAAAUAUGAGCCGCCAAAUCAGUCUGCGCCACCAAUUCAGCACCCGCACACUUCUAACAUGGCUCUUCUUUUGCCUUACGCCCACGUGGACUCCACUUUGCGUGCUCUAGCCGGCCAGGCCGAGGGAUUUGGCCGCUUCGCCGUCGGUGGCCUCCACGGCCCUCUCUAUCACGUCACUACUUUAGCCGAUGAUGGGCCAGGGUCUCUUCGAGAUGGAUGUCGUAGGAAGGAGCCUCUCUGGAUUGUGUUUGAAGUUUCAGGAACCAUUGAACUUAGGUCUUAUUUAAAUGUUUCAUCGUACAAAACGAUUGAUGGGCGAGGUCAAAGAAUUAAACUCACUGGAAAAGGGUUGAGGUUGAAGGAGUGUGAACAUGUAAUUGUCUGCAAUCUAGAAUUUGAAGGUGGUAGAGGACAUGAUGUUGAUGGCAUCCAGAUUAAACCCAAUUCAAAGCACAUAUGGAUAGACCGUUGCAGUCUCAGUGAUUAUGAUGAUGGGUUAAUUGAUAUCACCCGGGAGAGUACAGAUAUAACUAUUUCUAGGUGUCACUUCUCAAAGCAUGACAAAACAAUCCUUAUUGGGGCAGAUCCUUCCAACAUAACAGACAGAUGUAUGAGGGUGACCAUACACCAUUGUUUCUUUGAUGGGACUAGACAGCGCCAUCCUCGUGUCAGGUUCGCAAAGGUACAUUUGUACAAUAACUACACAAGAAACUGGGGAAUUUAUGCUGUUUGUGCCAGUGUAGAAUCACAGAUAUACUCGCAAUGCAAUAUAUAUGAAGCAGGACAGAAGAAGGGAGCCUUUAGGUAUCUCUCAGAGAAGGCUACUGACAAGUUGGAAGAAUGCAUAGGCAGCAUCAAAUCUGAAGGCGACUUGUUUGUCAGCGGAACUCAGUCUGGCCUGAUGCCAACCCCCAAUGAAGGUGCCAUAUUUCAUCCUACCGAACACUACCCUACGUGCACCGUGGAACCUCCCUCCGACAGCCUCAAGCACUUCCUUCAACACUGCACGGGAUGGCAAUGCAUCCCACGACCCCCAGAUCUGCCCGUGGUCGCUUAAACAUAUACUUAACACAUACAACUACUAUUACCUCUCCAUCGUGGAUCUUUGCCUGGUUUCGUCUUUGUUUUCAUUGCUGCUGCUAAUCUGCUCUGUCCCCUCUUAAUCUGUAUUUGUCUUGGCUUGUUCCAACUUCUCAAAUACAUAUUUAUCAUCAAGUAGCAUAACUAUAUGUCUAUAUGUAUAUCACAUAAGUGUUUAUCGUCAAAUACAUAUUUAUUGUCAACAGUAUCAAUAAUACUUAUUAUUCUUAUUCUUACUAGUA